CCCAGAGUAAAACAUGGACUGGAGAGGACUGGCGCCCUUAACAUCCCAACGCAAGACGUACUUCAUGUUUGAUGGAAACACACCAAGUGCCUCUAGAGCCCGAUCCGUCUUCCGACCUUGGCAGAACUCCCUCGUCGCCAUCCAUCAACAACACCCGCGUCCGUCGUUUCCUAGUCUUGCUUGCUGUACGGCUUCUCCGUCUCUCCCAAACGCCCUCCGUUAUCCGACUUUAUCCCUGGCUCUGCAUCAAGUAUGGCAUAUCUCGAAACCUCUCAGAAGCACGGACGCUCCAGUUUAUUCAACAGCAUACGUCGAUCCCAACUCCCAAGGUGUCCUGCGCUUUCGAACGAAACGGAAUUACGUACAUCGUAAUGAGAAGGCUUCGCGGGAGAAGCCUCGCGUCGACCUGGAAGAAUCUAUCAGAUCCAUCUAGGGAAAAGAUACUGCACCGUCUACGAGAGUUAGUCCUCGAGAUGCGAUCUAUACCAGCGCCAGGUAACGAAAUAGCCAGUGUAGACGGAGGAACACUAUGGGAUUGCAGGUUACCGUGCGGACUGGACCGUUUUGGUCCAUUCGCUAACACCGAUGAAUUUCACCGUUUCCUUCGUAAUGGUAUCGAGGAAGCCCCACCUGGAUACCCAGACAUCAAGGAAAUGAUUCAACUACAAAAGCAGGAGUGGGGUCGGCCUGUUUUAAGUCAUGGUGACUUGAGCAGCUUGAAUGUCUGGGUACAUGGAGAGGAUAUAACAGGAAUUAUCGAUUGGGAAACUGCUGGCUGGUGGCCUCCCUAUUGGGAGUAUACAACUGCACACCAAGUCAAUCCAAGGAACAUGUUUUGGGGUGAAAAUAUUGAUAAAUUCUUGGAGCCUUGGCCUGAAGCUCUCAAGAUGGAGAAGAUUAGGCAGAGAUGGUGGGGAGAAUUCUGACCGCUAUGUCCUUCUCAACUUGCCGUAUAUCUCAAGAAGUUGUCUCCUUACGCUCCAGAAGGUCAUAUGUUGGGACUUUCUCUGGAUUAUAUUUCGCCGAUGAAAACCGACCGUCCGCUUUCUUUUGGUUACAGUAAUCCAUUGCAGUUUUGCGAACAGUAUCC